CCAAGCAAGCCACAUCGUGUUUUCCGCGUGAAGAAUUAAAAUAGUGUUUAUAAGGUCCCACGAGAGUUUAUAGAUUUUUUUUUAAUAAGUAAGACAUUAAUAAUAGUGCAAACUCAAUAGCAAAAAAAUAAUCCGUUUAGUAGGCAAUAACUGUGUAUUCGAAGAUUGGUGAAAUCUCUGAGAGUAAAAAUGCCCGUUUUACAGAGAGUUGUAAAACCAACGACACACAAAGGAAAAAAAGCCCUCAUCAAGAGAGAGCCAAAGUUAAUUGAAGACCCCAAAGAUGCGUUAUUCAUCAAAGGCAGUACAGCCUCAAAAUAUGCCCAUGAUGCCAUGAAGGAUCUUUACAAUCUAAAGAAGCCACUUGGUGCAUGCCUACAACAAAAGAAUCAGAUCCUUCCCUUCGAGGAUGUCACACCAAUUGAAAAAUUCUGCAAGAAGAGUAAUGCACCGUUAUUUAUGUUCGUUUCAAAUAAUAAAAAACGACCCCACAAUCUGGUUAUGGGGAGGACCUUUGAGCAUACGUUAUUGGACAUGGUGGAAUUCGGAAUUGAUAAUUAUAAACCCUUGAAGGACUACAAAGUCGAGAAAAUCGCAGCAGCAUUGAAGCCUCUGCUAGUGUUCAAUGGCGAGUUGUUCGAGAAUAAUCACGAGUUCACGAGAAUUAAAAAUCUACUGGUGGAUAUGUUCCAGAGAGAGCCUGUGGAUAAUAUUAGACUUCAGGGAUUAGAACAUGUACUCAGUUUCACAGCGGUGGAUAACAAAAUUAGUUUGAGGAGUUACAAAGUGCAACUGAAAAAAUCAGGCACGAGGAUUCCCAGGGUGGAGCUUACAGAAAUUGGUCCCCGAAUGGACUUGACGAUCAGGAGAACCAAAUUCGCCUCGGAUGACCUCUUCAAACAAGCCUGUAAGAAGCCUAAGGCCCUCAAGAUCAAAAAGAAGAAGAAUAUUGCUGUGGACAAUCUCGGCUCAACCCUUGGAAGGAUUCACUUGGGAACGCAAAACAUCAACAGCCUCCAAACACGAAAGAUGAAGGGUUUGAAAAAGACUCUCGCAGAAAGAAAAGAAGAACGAAAGCGAAAAGCCUCUCUUGCUGAAGGCGAAUCCCCCAAGAAAAUAAAAGCCUCUGAAAACGCUGACAUAAAUACUGAGGACUAAUUUUUAUACUGUAAAUAUCGAUAAAAUUUUUAAAUAAUAAAACAUUUAUUA